AUGUCUUCAACUCAACCAACCACCACUAAUUCUAAUCAACCUCAAUACCCUGUUGAUACAACAAACCAACAAUAUCCUGGUUAUCCUAUCCAGCAGUCAAUGACUUCUCAACAACCAGUAAGUACUGGAACUACUCCAGCUACAGGAGCUCAACCAUAUCCAGCAUACAACGCUCAACAACCAACUCUAAAUUUACCAAAUAACAAUCAAUAUUAUGGACAAGCUGGUACUUUUAACCCACAACAGCAACCAACUAAUCCAAUGCAACACCCAGCCAAUCCAAUGCAACAACCAGCCAAUCCAAUGCAACAACCAACUAAUCCAAUGCAACAACCAACUAAUAAUACAACUAACCAACAAAGAGUUGAUGGUCCAUCAAACACUUGCACUACACAACAAACCACCACUCCACCACAACAAAAAGGAUGUCAGCAACAAGAAUAUAACACCCAACAACAAUACUCAGGAUAUGGUGUUCAAGAAAAAGAUAGACAACAACCAAUCCAACAACAAUAUCCGGGGUAUAAUAUUGAACAACCUAAUGAACAACAACACAAACAAACUGAUGGACAUAAUUCUCAACCAACUGUUACUUCAUCAAUCCCUUACACCCAACAACAAACUGCUACAACUCCACAACAAGGAAUAAAUGCUCCUUCAAGUGUUGGUAUAUCUCCAUUACCUCCUGCUGGAAAGAGUGGACAACCACAGAAUGGACAAGUUGGUGGAGGAUAUAAUGCUUAUCCAAAUACGCCUAACAUUCAACAACAAAUGACUAAUGCUGUUCCACCACAAACCACCCCACAACAAGCAAAAACACAACCAAGUGGACCACAAUAUCCAGGAUAUAAUAUUCAACAAGCAAAUGGAAAACAAAACAAUCCACAGCAACAAUAUCCAGGAAGUAAUCCUCAACAACCAUAUUGUCAAAUGGGAGGAUAUGCCAAUCAACAACAAUAUCCAGGAUAUGGAAUAAAUCCAGAAGCAAACCAAUACAACCAAAUCAAUAAUUUUGGGUCUCAACAAUAUCCAGGGUACAAUAUGCCACAGGGAAUGCAACAAUAUGGACAAAUAAAUGGAGCAUCAGGAUUUGAUCAGAUGCCAGGAUAUAAUCAAAUGGGAGGAAUGCCAUACUAUGGAACACAACAAUAUCCAGGAUAUAAUCAAAUGGGAGGAAUGCCACCAAGUUAUGGCUCUGGUUUUUAA